GUGCGUUUGCGUCACUACAAGCGAAGGAAGUCCGUCUCCAGGAUACAGAGGGAAGCGGUGGUCUUUGGGGUGACAGAUGCGACACACGUGUUGUGGAAAUCUACAUCUUUAGUCCCAGCUGCCCUGACACUGACUGACAGAAACGUAGCUGCCAAUUCAUGCCAACGGCCUCUCCGACCACCGCCACACAUUCAUUCAUAUUUAUAUACCUGUGUGGGAGACACUGGAGGCAAGGUGGGUGAAGUGUCUUGCCCAAGGACGCAACGGCAGGGUGACUGAGAUGGAUGGAAGGAGCGAGGUUUGAACCCCCUACCCUCCAAUGACUUCCUGAGCCACUGUCACCCAAGUGUUAAGUGAUGCAACGAGUGCAGUGUCUUCACCUGAAACAUGUCCUGCAAACUGUAUGCGCGCUGGAAGCUGUCGUCCUCCGCACCUUCGGUCCAGAGGGAGGACAGGUGCUGUUCACCCGAGACACUGGACAAGUAAUGUUGAGCCGUAGCGGAACACAAAUUCUCACAGCGCUUAGACUGGAGCACCCACUAGCUCGGAUGGUGGUGGAGUGUAUCUGGAAGCACACUAGGAAAACGGGGGAUGGAUCAAAGUCCUUUAUCCUCCUGGUGGCAUCAUUAUUACGGACCAUUCAUAGUGCAGCUUCGAAGGAGCCAAUUGUAUCAUGCAAUUCUAAUUCUCGGGCGGCUGCGGAGUCCACCACUGCCAGGCACUUGGCUGACAAAAUGCUGGGGUUCACAACGGAGAAACUGGAGGAUCUCAUCACUGUUGCAUUGGCUCCUUAUGGAGUCCGUCUUUUGGUGAAUAAUUUAUCUGCAAAUGCACUGACAGACUAUGACAACCUUCAGAAGCUGCUAGUAUCUUUCUUUUGUACGCGCUUGGGUUGUACCCACUGUGACUUAAUGAGUGAACUCAUUUGCAAACUGCUCAUUAGCUGGAAAUGUUUUACUUUCUCAUCACUCCGGUUUCUAAAUGACAACUUCCCUGCCCUGCAUACGGCUGUGUUAGGCUUUCCUGUUAGUUGUUCACGUUUGAUUGCAGGACAAGUCAUCCACAGGGACUUUGCAACACCACACCGGAACAUUCACCAGCACCCAGUUAAGGCGGUUGUUUUUACCAUAUCCCUGCAACCAAAAUUGCUUAAUGCAGAAGAUGUACUCGAGCUCGAGACACGAAUGAUGGAGGACCACGGCGAUCGUCCUGACAGGAGUAUUUUGCACUUUAGCGCCUGGGCUGAAAGCUCAUUGGAGUGUAUUUUUGCAAGCCUUCAGACUUUUGAAGUCUCUGUUCUCCUGUCUUCAGUGAAACAGUCGGAUGCCGCCCUGGCUUUAGCUACACAAGCAGAGAUGUGUGUUGUGGAGUGUGUCAGUGAAGAUGAGCUGGCUCUCUUUAUACACCUGAGUGGUGCCUCACCUGUCUCAGACUGCCGAGGGAUUCAACCAGAGCAUGUUGCAUCUUUGACCUUUUGCCAGCCAAUACUUUUGGGAGCACAUAGGUAUGUUCAUGUGGAUUUCCCUGAUUCCAAGGAAGACAUGGCCAAACCAAGUACUGUUGUCAUCUGUGGCCUAGGUGAAGGGCAAACAAAUCAAUAUGCACGUGCGAUUGAGGAUGUUAUCCGCAUGCUGCGUACAACAUGGGAGCCCUUGGAUGCAACUACAAUAUCUGUACAAUCAGGCAAAUCUCCAUCUUCAAUUCUACCAGGCUGUGUCUUACCUACUGGUGGAACCUUUGAGUUUCUCUUACAUCACGCACUCUUACAAUACGGCAAAACUCAGGAGAUUUCUAAUCCCACAGAUACAGAUGUCCCCCUUGUAUGCCAGCUCUUGGCUGAUGCUUUACUGUGUCUUCCUCGACAUAUUUACUCUGACAAUCUAAGAUGUUUUCUGCAGGUUCAAACAAGAGUCUGUAGUUUUGAUCCUUACGAACCGGACAGACUCCUUUGCAUGCCAGAGUUCAGCCAAGCACAAGAAGAGCCAUGUAUGUAUUCUUCAUCAUCAAACAAUUUAAAAAUGUUAUCUGGACUCGAAUCUGUCUCCUGCAAAUACCAUCUAAUUAUGGCUGUGCUGCAGUGUGUCAAAAGUCUCCUCCGAGUGGACACUGUGCUGCACGUGUCCUCUGACUUUAAUUCAAAACCAGCCAGACCCACAUAUUCCUCAGAUGAUGAAGACUAAGGUCUGAAAAGUGUUUACUCAGGUACCAUUUUGAAUAUUUGGCACUUUAAACAGUUUAAUAUUUCAUCUUUGUUUGUCACAGAAAUAUUUGUAAGUACAUUUAUUUGAAGGGUCUUUAGAAUUUUUCCUCAUGUACUGUUUUUGCAAAGCUGCAGAGAAUACCAGGCAUCCAUUAGGGACUUGUUUUAAUAUGUAUGGGUUUUUUUCCCCUCAUACUUACUCAUACUAUAUUGACAAUAGUGAAUAUAACAAACACAUUAUCAUGUAUAUUUUCUUUCACUGUAUUAUAGGCUCUAUAAUUCACUGAGUAGAUCUUUGUCGUGUUCCUUUGUAUCAUUUUUGGAAUAAAUAAAUCCACUCGAGAAUCACUCUAGCCAACUUCUCACUGAAUUUCUCUUGAGGCGCAUUUUUUUAAGUUGCUGAAACUACACUUUUCUGAUCCGGGAGGUGGGGGAAACCUACUACACAUUAAUCAGGGGUCCCGGCAGGACCCAAAGAUGGCAAAAAAACCCACUUUUCCGACGGGUCAAUUUUCUGCCUUUUGCGCCAGGUACUAUUGUGAAAUCGCAUUUGUUCAAGUUGCUGAAACUACACUUUUUUAAUCCGGGAGGUGAGGGAACCCUACCACACAUUCAUCUGAGGUCCCGACAGGACCCAAAGUUGGCAAAAAAAAACGCCACUUUUCAGACCAGCCAAUUUUCAG